AUGUUAACAUCUAGUAUGGUAAAAAAAAUUUAUGUCGACCUGAUUAAACCCUUUGAAAAUCAUAUUGAAUUUUUGAAAUCAUUGGGAAUUGACGGCAAUACAAAUCUUUCGACUUGUGCUACUCAUUCCAAUAAAAAUACAGAAACUAACAAGGCUAAAAAUAAUUAUAAUUAUAACGUCCAUCCUAUUGUUAUUAAAGCUUCCCACGCUGAUUUGAACGAAUUUGUUUGCGAGGUUUGUGAUAAUGAAAUAACAGAAGACAUUUUAAUGAGAAGUUGUGAUGAGUGUGACUGCACUUUUCAUCGUAGCUGCAUCAAUAACUAUGAUGUCUUUCAAUUUCCAAAUAACAGCAUAUACCAGAAAAAUCUCAGAUCAUCCUGGUAUUGUCCGAAAUGUCUUGUGGGAUCGUGUGAUUUUGCUUUUCAACAAGGUGAUGAUUAUACUCUGUUUGAAUUUGAAGACUUUGCCGAUUCAUUUGAAAAUCUUUUUUUUGAAGAGAAUCCACUUUUGUCUACUCUCUCGAAAGAGAAACAAAAAGUAGAAAUUGAAAAGAUGUUUUGGAAUUUUGUUAAUUCUCCUGGAAAAAGUUUGACUGUUGAAUAUGGCUCCGAUAUUCAUACUGAUACAUCCGGAUUUCCUUCAAGUGUUGAAAUGCAUCAUAAUAAGUAUUCAAAAGAUUCAUGGAAUCUUAACAAUUUGCCUCUACAUAAAGAUUCACUUUUUCAUAAUAUCACAACCGAUAUAUCGGGUAUGACUCAGCCUUGGAUAUAUAUUGGUAUGUUGUUUUCAACAUUUUGUUGGCAUUGUGAGGAUCACUAUACAUAUUCUAUAAAUUAUCAACAUUUUGGUGAAACUAAAACUUGGUAUGGAGUUCCUGGUGAUCAUGCUGAAGAAUUUGAAAAAACCGUUAAAAACACUGCCCCUGAACUAUUUGAGAAACAACCUGAUCUACUGUUCCAAUUGGUUACAAUGGUAUCUCCAGAUGUUCUUCUUAAAGAUAACGUUCCAUGCUAUACAAUUAAGCAACAACCUGGCCAAUUUGUGAUUACUUGGCCAAAAGUUUAUCAUUCUGGAUUCAAUCAUGGGUUUAACUGCAAUGAAGCUGUAAAUUUUGCUCCUCUUAAUUGGUUACCAUAUGGGGCUGAAUCUUCAAAAACAUAUAAGCUUUUGAAACGUGCCCCAGUAUUUUCUUUCGAUAGCCUUGUUAUUCGUACUGCUAAAUUAGAUCAUAGAAAGGUGGCAUUUAAAUGGUUAUACCCAUAUUUAAAAAAUAUUAUUAAUGAAGAAAUAAGUCUCAGAGAAUCUAUUAUUUCCAAAUACCCUACUAUCCCUGUUUAUUUAUUACCCAGCGACGUCCCUGAAGAAAAAUAUCAAUGUGCAGUAUGCCAGUCAUUACCUUAUCUUUCUCGGGUUGUUAUAAAAAAAAAACUAAGCAUUUUCAAAAAGAGAAAAUAUCAUAAUGGAACUUUGAUUUCUGGUAGGAGUCAUAAAAAUUUGAAAUGCAGAGGCAAUAUUGCUCAGAAUUCACAAAUACGUAAAAGAGGAAGACCUCCUAAAACAGCUACAAAUUUAUCAUCCAAUAAAAUUUCUGAGCACAAAACUAAUGACAUGUCUAGUUUAUAUGGUGUCUUUUCUGAUGAACUUGGGAACAAAUAUGAGUUUGAAAAAGAUUGUAUUACAGUUUGUCAUUCACAUGUUCCUAAUGACUAUUCAGAAAAUUCUUUGUUUGAUAUAGAGCUUCAUUUGAAAUGGACAAAUUCGGAGUUGCAAAAAAUUCUUAGCGACUUUAAAAACCAAGUCAAUUAA